CGCAUGUUUUUCGCAAACAAUUUGUUUUGUGUUUUGUGUGACAAAUGAAAUGCAAAACAAGGCUUUGAUUUGGCGUUCAAUCCAUUCAUUCACUUCUCACUCAAAAUAAUCGUUUAAAUCGUCUUUUAGGUGACCAUCAGAUCCGUUGACCACUAUAUCUGUCGCCCAUGUCUUCGGCCAACACGUCCACCACCGCUGACACCGCGACCGCCACUACAGCGACAGUCGUGUCCAUCACAGACACCAUCACCUCCUCGCCCACCCCUACCAUCGCCACCACUGAUGACAAGACACCCGCCGACCAGACAUCGACACCAUCGGCCGUGACUACCGGUGCCGACAGUGACUACAACUACGCGGUGGAGGAACGGGUGCUUUGCUUUCACGGGCCGCUCAUCUAUGAGUCGAAGUGUCUGAAGAGGCGCCGACACCCGGAGGACAGUCGGUGUCAGUAUUUCAUCCAUUAUAACGGAUGGAACAAGAAUUGGGACGAAUGGGUGGAUGAGCACCGGGUCAUGAAACUCAACGACCAGAAUAGGCUCAGACAGCAGGAGCUAAAGGCCGCCCAUAAGCCGACGCCCGGCGGAGGUGGGAUGUCCGGUGGCGCCAAGAAACGGAAGUCUGGCGCUAAUAUCGACGGCAGUAAUGGUGUCAAUGAGUCUACCGGUGCCGCUGGUGGUGGCGGUGGCGGUGGUAAGCGCUCGAAGUCGACAACAGAUGCCAAGAAUGGCAAGGAUCAGACGAACGGCGAGUCGUCGGCGACGGAGACGACGGACGGGAAGACGCCGAGCGCUAAGAAGAAGAGACGCCAUUCGGUGCCGGCGUUCGUCGAGACGGAGGAGGCGUUUACCACAAAACCGGAGAUUAAGAUCAAAAUACCGGAUGAGCUGAAGCCGUGUCUGGUGGACGACUGGGACCUCAUUACCCGUCAGCAGCAGCUCUUCGAACUGCCGGCGAAGAUAUCGGUCGACACUAUACUCGACGACUACACCAAACAAAAGAUGGCCUCAAAGUUGACGCCUCUGAAGGAGAGUCAGGCGCUGGAAGUGGUGAACGGCGUCCGCGACUACUUCAACACAAUGCUCGGCUCGCAGUUGUUGUACCGCUUCGAGCGGAUCCAAUACCAGGAGCUCUUGGCCGACAACAAACACAAGGGUCGCAAACUGUCGGCCGUUUACGGCGCCAUCCAUUUGUUGCGUUUGUUCACCAAAUUUGGGCACUUCUUGGCCUUCACCUCAUUGGACGAGAAGACUAUUCAACUGCUGCUGACACACGUCCACGACUUCCUCAAGUAUUUGUCCAACAAUUCUAUGCUAUUCAGUGCUAACGACUACUCGACCGCUUCUCCCGAAUACGUCCGGAUGACCAUGUCUUAGGUCUUAAGACUAUGAGUACUAUAGAUAGGGAUUAAUGGCGACCAAUGAUUGGCCAAUAACUGUCUUUAAUGGUAUUAAAUCCGUAAAUCUAUUAUUCAGUGGUUUUUGUAGAAUAUUCUGUGUUUUAAGUAUUGACACAAAAUUGUUGAGUUUAAGUGAUAA